GGGAACAUCCCUUGUCGGUAUAGCACACACCAAGCCUAACAAAAAUGGCGAAGGCGGUAGCCCUCAUCGCUUUUGCCCUCGGCCUCUUGGCCAUAGCCGGCAAUGUCCAAGGCUACACAUUCAUAAAAGCAGAAGACGUGGAUACUACAAAUAAGCCUAUGAUCCAAAGCAUUGACGAAGUCGUUUGCGCCACAUGCAAACUGAAUUCCAAGACCGAUUUUGAGGUGUUGAAAAAGGCUGAGUUAGAAAUCAAAUGCAGAAGCCGUAAGAAUGGGACGGUAAAUUAUAUCCAGACCAUGUUCACAGAUGACGGCGGGUUCUACAGAACAUGGGUGGAGGAUGGUCACAAGGAUGACUUAUGCAUGGUGAGCGUCGUCGCCAGUCCUAACCCUCGAUGCAAUGUGAAAGUGCCCGGAUUUAGAAGUGCAAGGAUCUCCCUGGUUAAUUUUAAAGACAACACGACCGUCUACGUCAAGAAGCAAGUGGGGUUCAUGAAGAAUGAAGCCCUCCCCAACUGCCGUAAGGUGCGGAGCAAGAGGGGUAAUCUAGUCCCGGCGAUCACAUGGGCUUGAGUGGAGAAAGAAAGAUGAAGAAGGAGGACAAUGAGGAGGGUUACUAUAGCAGUAACUUACUACUAUAUAGGCAUUCAAUUUGCCGAGUUGAUUUCCAUACAAUGACUUCUUCUUCUUAUAUAUUUGCCAACAGAUAUUAUACAUACUGAGAAUUUCAAAAUAUUAAUGAGAAUGACAAGUUCAAUA